CUAUCUUAUCUAUGUAUUAAAACACUAUACUACUACUCCUACUACUACUUUUUAUACCCAUGCCAUGCCCUGUACUCACUCCACUCCCCUGCUAGACAGCACACGACACACGACACAGACACAGCGGGGACUAUAUCGACUAUAUCGACAAGACAAGUCUGGACAAGACAAGAUAAGCAAAGGAAAGAAGGAAGGAAAGAAGGAAGGAAAGAAUGAAGGAAAGAACGAAGGAAAGAAGGAAGGAAGGAAGGAACGCAAAAAACAACAAAGGGGGAGUGUGUUUUUGGGGUCAUUAUCUCAUGAUUUCAUUUCGUGCCUAUGUAGCAAGCAAAGCAAGAACUAUUUAUUAUUUAUUCAUCAUCGCACGCAAUCCCAGCAGCAGCAGCUAAACCCCAUCCAUCCAGUCCAGUUGUCAAAAAAAUCAAAAGCUGGUUUAAACCAGAUAACAAAGCCAGUCCAUCGCAUCUGUCGCAUAGGUUUGGCUGCACGACGCUAGCCGGUAGCGGGGUGCAGCC